UGUUAUGACGUAUGCUUUUUCAGAUUUACUUCCAGAUUACGCGACUCUCAACGUGACUCCAGAGACGUGUGAAACAGCCCGCUGAAAAGGGGAAUUAUUAAAGAAGUUUUGAUUGUGAGAUAUAUAAGUUUUAUUUGCUUUUUCUGAUAAAGACUAUGAGUUCCCAAAGAGGCAACGUUACUCGCUCGCGAUCGCAAAAACACCAGAAUUCAUCUGUUUAUAAAAACAACAAGUACGGCGCCACCUCUCAAUUAAAGAAGGCAAAUGCUAAAGUUCAUGAUGGAGUUUGUCAACGGUGUAAAGAUGUCCUUGAGUGGAAAAUAAAAUAUAAAAAAUACAAACCUCUUUCUCAACCACGGAAGUGCGUUAAAUGUUUGCAGAAGACUGUAAGAGAUGCUUAUCACAUUAUUUGCAAGCCUUGUGGCCUUAAACUAGGUAUCUGCACUAAAUGUGGGACAAAUGAAGAAAUUGUGACUCCCCUGAAAACUGAAGUUGAGCCCGUACAUACCAGCGAUGGUGAUCCUCCUCUCCCAAACAGGCGGUGCACAGAAGACAACGGAGACUUUGAAGAGGAUGACUUGGAUUUCAGUAGUGAUCUUGAUUCUGAUCUUUCUGAUGUUGAUGAUGAUGAUUUAGACAAAAGGACCUCCAUGAAAAUAAAACCAGUUGCUCCUGUAUGCAGUAAAAAAUGCCAGGAUGGAAGUACAAAAAAAUCAGUAGGCAGUGCAGAGACAAUAAAAACACAAAGUGACCUUCCUGACAUUUCCUUAUUAAAAGUACAAAGCUCUCCAGAGCAUUAAGUCUGACCAUUCAGUUCUCGUCUAGGACGAAAUUCUUAUUUUGCCUUCGUGAGAAAUCUGCUUUCUUCUCAGUCUUGAACAAGAUAUAGGAAGUUACAUUUUGGAAAUUUUAUUUGAAUAUGUUUGCUUAAUUUCUUUGUUUUGUAUUCACAAUUGUGUAUUGCAUAAAACCAUAAUAUUGUCUGAAGUACUGUAAAAAACAAGAAUGGAGAAAUGCUGAGCCUGUUGAAUUUAUUUUAAUAAAAUGAGUGUGAAACAUG